AUGAGUUCGUGCCCAGUAGGUUACAAUCAAAUAGAAGAACUGGCGGGAAAGAACAUCACAACAGACGACGAGUUAAAAUGGCCAUGCGCAUUACGCGUUUUUUGGGUAGACCUUCUGCCGUUUGUUGAACUUGUAAGAGGAUUACUAUCAUAUGGCACUUCUUUUAUUAUCGCUUUCGGUUUGCUUUUUAAUAGCAUUUCUUUUAUCGUACUAACCCGAAAACACAUGCGAAAAUCAACCACCAAUAUGUAUCUCUCAGUCUUGGCUGUUUAUGAUUGCCUUUCUUUGACUUUUAAUUUCGUUAUCGGCGUUUCUCGAGGCCAGAAUCCUGAUACCGUGAAUAAGAAUUUUCAGAGGUCGGAAGGACUCUGCACAUUUCACGGCGUGGUCGUUGAAUUAUUCAAUCUACUUUCAGUAUGGUUGAUCGUUGCUUUUACCGUUGAACGCUUCAUCAUGGUGAAAUUCCCACUUAAAGCGAAGAAUCUGACUCCAAGAAGAGCACUCUACACAAUCAUUGGUGUCUCUCUGUGCGUCUUUAUCUUCUCUCUACAUAAAAUUGCUGUCUCUGGGUUUGAGGGCGAUUCAGUUUUUGGUUACAAGGCCUGCAAAACUCGUCGGUCGAUAUUUCGGGAAAUCAUCUACUUUUAUGUUGCAUUCAAUACUUGGUUACCCACAAUCAUCAUCGUUAGCUUCAACACCAUGAUCAUCGUUGAAAUCAAAAAGAAUCAAAAGAAACGAAAAGAGAUGACAAAAAAUGCCAAUGCUAUGUCAAAAUCUGAUGAAAAAGCUACGAAACUGUUAUUAGCUGUCUCCUCAGCAUAUGUUGUACUCAUUCUGCCCUUAGGCUUGAUUCAAACAACGGAAUUGAUCUUUAAUGGUUCGGCAAAAGUCGAGCCUGGCGAUCCAGGAUACAUUGACUUCAUGACUACCAAAAUGAAACUAAAAUGGACAAGGGCGUUUUUCUUUUUCUUCUAUCAGUUCAACUUCGCUAUCAAUUUCUUCUUGUAUGUUUCUUCGUCGUCAGCGACUCGUUUUCGUACAACCUUAAAGAAACUGCUUGGAAUGAAAGUCAACACAGAGGACAUGACGUGGAUCUCGCAGUCACGACACAAAAAGAACGCUGUCGCUCCGGACAAAUCGGAAGUGUCCGAAAUGCCGAAGACAUCACAACCGGACGCUGAUAACGCUUGAAGAUUCCAGAAAAAAGAUUGCUUUGGAUAAGUAAAAGACUGACCCUAUUUAUGGCUAGUACAUGUACAUCGAAUAUGAGUAAC